AUGGUGCUCCGCUAUAAUAUAUACAGCUCCAGCUUAGUAGCUUCCUUGUUGGUAAUGAACACCGCCACGGAAAUUCUAACUUUAUUGGGAAACCUGACUGUCAUUGUGACUGUAGUUGCAUACAGGCAACUUUGGGUACCCACGAAUAUUCKGGUUGCAAGUUUGGCAGUUGCAGACUUCAUCAUCGGCCUCAUCUUGCAGACAAGUAAUGUAAUGAGUAUAUUCAGCGCUUUCACAAAUAGCAAGAGAGCGGUCCGCUGCACAGGGAAUCGUGAUUCAUAUUGUGCUAUAAUGUUAGAAUCGAUUGGUGUCGUAACCAUGACAGUUACUUUGGCUCACCUAUCGCUCAUAACACUUGAUAGAUACGCUGCCAUCGUUUAUCCCCUACGAUAUGUAACCAUCAUGACGAUAUCCCGUACCAAAAAGGCUGUGAUGUGCGCCUGGACGACCAGCUUUGUCUUUGGGUUCUUGGCGACGAUUCCUUCGCCUUUUACAAACGGAAUGAGAGCGCUAUGGAACCUAUUCAUGUUGCUAUCCUGUUUGUUCAUGAUUACUCUUUAUGGAAAGCUUUACUUUAUCUCGAGAAAACAUACCAAACAAAUCCGUGAUGAAAUCCAAUCUGUCAAUCCUGGAGCUGAAACUAAGGAAGAAAGACGAGGCCUGAUGACUAUUGCGAUAGUAACCGUAGCCAUGGUAACCAGCUAUUCAACGGUCGUUGCUCUAGAUAUUGAUAGCAAAAUAGCUUCAGGAGAAAGAGGAGAAACUGCCAAGCUCGUUCAUGAUAUCUUGACACAGUUCGCAAUCAUAUUGAUUCUCUUCAACUCUGCUCUCAACCCCCUGGCGUACUUCUUCAGGAGUCAAAAACUCAGGACUUACAGCCUUAAACUAUUCAAGUCCAUUCCCACAAGAAUACAGGAAUACUUUUGA